GCCUCCCUUCUUCACCCUUCGCUUUGCUACUAAAACCAAAAACAUAGCACGCUUAUCAGUCUCUCUACUCAUUCACGGUUUCUCUUAUAUUCUCACAGAGCAGCGGCGGCGCCCACGACAAUAGAAUCAUCGUUCCGAGCAUGGCCGUCGCAGAAUCGCCAGAAGAACGAGAAACUGUUCCUUCUCAAUUAUCAAAGAAAACCAAAACUCAAAAGAGAAAGAUAACUCAUCGCGACUCAGAACGGGAUCGAUUUGACUCACUUACUUGGAACUCUUCUCUCUCUGUUAAUGAGGAUAACGAACAUUUCUCUUCUCUCUUCAUUGGCUCCGGUGAACUCGACGGAGGUUUUCUUUCACUUGAAGAAAUUGAUGAAGCCGAUUAUAGUUUAGAAUUUCCUAAAUCUGAAAGGGAAAAGCCAAGCAAAAUACCAAAAUCAAAGAAACAGAAGCAUGGUGAAGAUGGUGAUAAGAGAGUUGCUGAGGUGGUUAAUGGUGGCAUAACAGAGAAAGAUGGAAAGGAAGAAAAUUUGAAGACUAAGAAGAAAAAAAAGAAGAAGAAGAAGGAAAAGGAAUCACGAAAGAAAAAGAAAUCUUCAUCGAGUAAAUGCUUCAUACUUUUAAGAUCUUUUUCAUGUCAAAUUCAUCUUAAUCAACUUUUUUGGAUCAAUUUUACUUUCUUGGAAAAACAAAAGGAUAUUCCUCUCUCUUUCUCUCCCUCCUCCCUCCCCAAAGUAGCCAUUGGCUUGCCUCUGGACUGUGGGUUGAAGUCUCCUCACAGCAUCCCUCCUUUCUUGUUCUUAGCAUCCAUGAGGUUCUUCUCUCCUAGGAAGCUCCUAGUGAUAGAUGGAAGUCUUUUAAGAUAG